AUGGUACAGACGCAAUUCUGUAAGAAGGUCAAGUUCGUGCGACACGACGGAGCUCGCGAGUUUGCAACCAACUCGCUUCAACUGUUCUACGAAGACGAAGGCUUUGAACAGCAGACAACGGUGCCGUAUGCACAUCAAACAAACGGAACAGCAGAGCGUGCCAUUAGGACUAUUGUCACGAUCGGCCGCAGCAUGCUUCAUCAUGCCAAACUGGACAAGUGUUUCUGGGCCGAAGCAGCGAUGACGGCCAUCUACGUCAGAAUCGACUGCCGUCACCUAAAGUCAGAAUCGACUCAAGUGGGAUCAAAGGCUCGCGCUGGCAUAUUCGUGGGCUACGAAGAAGUUUCGAAGGCAUAUCGUGUUUAUGACAUCGAGGCGGGGCAGGUGGUUAUCAGCCGCGAUGUCAACUUCGACGAGUCCACCUUUGGACUUCAACUGCCGAUCACUGAUGAAGAUGUCGAUGACCUGGACUUCGAAUUGCUGGAUCUUGAUGACGAAGAGCUGCGUCAAAUGGAGUACAAGCAAACAGGCAAGCGCAAGAACCGACUCAAUGAUGAAGAUACAGCAGCUCCACGACCGCGUGCAGUGCGUCAACGACCAGGACUAGAAGAGUCAAGCGCGCCGGAAAACAACUCGUCACGACAAGAAGAAGACGAAGAAACGAAGGAUUCUGGUGAUUCAACACCGCCUGUGUUUUGGCGUGCGAGUGCAAAUGCCGUUGAAGCAGCAGUGGACUUAUCAGAACCCUCAACAUUUGAAGCAGCAGUAAGCGGCCCUGACCAAGUGCACUGGAGAAAAGCAAUUCAUGCAGAGCUCGAGUCAAUGCGACUUUGCGGUGUGUUUCGUGCAGCCAAGCUGCCCAACGGACAACGCGCCAUUGGCACAAAAUGGGUGUUCAAGAUCAAGCGCAAGGCGGAUGGGUCAAUCGAGAAGUACAAGGCACGACUUGUGGCCAAGGGUUUCCGCCAAAAGUAUGGCAUCGACUACACGGAGACGUUUUCGCCUGUGGUCAAGUAUGUGACGCUGCGAAUGGUGAUCGCAAUUUCCAAGCAUUUUGGAUGGCCCAUCGACCAGCUUGAUGUGGUGACAGCUUUCCUGUAUGGCGUCAUGAAGGAACAAGUGUUCUGCGUGAUUCCUGAAGGCGUCGAACUUGACAGUACGUUCGACUGCCUGGAAUUGGUGAAGUCAAUUUACGGCCUCAAGCAAGCGUCGCGAGUGUGGAACGAGACGUUCGACGAGUAUGUGUGCUCCAUCGGAUUUCAAGUAUCGGACUUCGACCCAUGUCUCUACAUCAAGACUUCGGACGGCCAUUGCGUGUUUAUACUGGUCUACGUGGACGACGUCUUGGUGACUGGAAGCUCGCUCGAGCUGAUUGCACAAACCAAGAACGACCUGAAGACGCGGUUAGAAAUGACGGACAGCGGCAAGUGUGCGUUUGUUCUUGGGAUCGAGCUUUUGGACGGUGAAGAUGACAGUGUGACACUAUGUCAGCGUCGGUAUGUCGAUGAUAUCCUCAAGCGCUUUGGCAUGGAUGAUUGCAAGGCAGUCGCAAGUCCAGUCGACAUGAGCUCUCGACUUGUUUCAAGUGAUGCAACUACCAAGGUCGAUGCUCCUUUUCGCGAAGCUGUUGGUGCGUUGAUGCACCUGACCACUGCAACGCGUCCGGACAUUGCGUUUGCUGUGGGCUAUGUGUCGCGGUUCAUGGAAAAUCCCCAAGAAGAACACUGGGUUGCAGUUAAGCGUAUCUUUCGCUACCUACAAGGCACCAAGACGCAUGGAAUCUGCUACAAGCCAAGUGCGAAGAUCGACUUUCGUGGCUAUUCAGAUGCAGACUGGGCCGGUGAACUUGCUGAUCGCAAAUCGACGUCCGGCUACGUCUUCAUGCUAUUGGGUGCUCCGGUGAGUUGGGGCAGCAAGAAGCAGCCAAGUGUUUCGUUGUCCACGAGUGAAGCCGAAUACAUCGCACUCAGCUUGGCGAUUCAAGAGGGCAAGUGGAUUCAUCGUCUGCUUUGUGAGAUUGUGAUGGCGGCAAACGAAGAAGGACCCGAGCUCGUCAUCCGUGAAGACAACCAGUCGUGCAUCAAGAUGACGAAGAAUCCGGUCAACCACGGCCGCGCUAAACACAUCGACAUCAAGUACCAUCACAUCCGUGAUGAAGUCAAGCGCGGCGAAGUGAAGCUUGAAUACUGCGAGACGACGUUGAUGUUGGCGGACAUCAUGACGAAGGGACUUCACGGACCGCGUCACAAGGACUUGACGGCGGCGCUUGGCAUCCGUGCGUGUUCGGAUUGA